AUGGCGUCGUCGUCGGCGCCGGCGGCGAUCUCCCUUCUCCACUUCUCUUCUGGUCCGCCCCGUCGUCGGGCGGUGGGCUACCGAGGCCCCAUUCAGUGUUCCAUCGCCGGCAAGCCAGCGGUGACCACGUCGAGUGACUCCUCAUCGGGGGGCGGCGAACCAGUGGGGCGGUUCCGCGCUGACUGCGUUGUGGUUGGCGCGGGGAUCAGCGGGCUCUGCACGGCGCAGGCGCUGAUCGUGCGACCGGUCGGGGGGGGCAAGGGUACGCCGGAGGUGCUGGUGACCGAAGCGAGGGAUAGGGUCGGAGGCAACAUCACCACUGUGGAGAGAGACGGGUACCUGUGGGAAGAGGGCCCCAACAGCUUCCAGCCUUCGGACGCCGUUCUGACCAUGGCUGUAUUGUGGCUUCCCGCUUCUUCUUCUGUUUCCAUUUUUUCUUGUAAUUUGUUUUAGUCGAUCGGUUAUCUUCAUGAUUGAUUUUUCCAUUUUUUCUUGUAAUCUGUUUACACUCUAUUGAUUUUCCCAGGCUUACUUUUUCGAAAGGUUUCUGCUGAUUUAUGUUACUUUGUCAAUUUUUCACUGCAUCAAAAAUCUAGCAUAUUUUCUUGCUCCCAGUUGCGUACUUGUAAAGAUGAGGACCUCCGUUUUCUGCUCUUUCAUUUCAAGCGGUGCUAUUAGCUGUUUGGUGGGUUCCUUUUUGCUUUGGUUUCAUCAGCUAGAAACAACCUGAAAACAUCUGAUUUCACUUGGUACUCUGCCCCUAGAGAUUUCCCGUUUUCUCCUUAGAUCCGUCUCAUUUCAGUCCAUUUGUGUAAGAAUCCUGAUGAGAAGACCCCGUUCCUGUUUUCUCGCCCAGUGUCUUUGUCAUUGUACACCAUGCCAAUGUUUAUGUCAUAUUGGUCCCUUCUCGAUACAUGGCCUCUUCCACGAAGUUAUUAACUCAACAUGAAGAGAAUUAACUUGAGGAACUACUUAUCUACUGGUUUUUCUUCUUCUUUUUUUACGUUAAUAUCGAGGAAAUAAAAGUUUCUCUGAUCUAGUUCUUGCCAUCGCGAUCCACGUGUAAUAAGACUGGAGUAGUGUUUCAAACUUUCAAUUGUAAAAAGGCAAGUAAAGUUACCCGGUGCCCAAGUGGCAGCUAAGAGUCAUAUGUGUCAUUGUGCUUGAUUUCAUGUAAACUAUACGUUCUGAUUAAGCGCAGACGUAUUAUUCAAAUUGGAGCAAAGUUGAAUACAUUGUGUACAAUCGUAAAUGGACAAUAAUGGAUGUCUGUCGGAUCUGUUGCUGGGCAGAUUUUUAUGUGACAGCUUGUCGAAUUAAUAUAAAAUCACGACAGUCUACGUAUGUAGUGUAUAUGUGCUGAGGAUGGCAACCUAUUUGAAGAGCUUUGUGUGCCAGAGACGCUCUUAUGUGCUUGGAUAAUUAAUGAAUUACUUUUGACUAACAUUUUAUUCAAGGUGAUCGUAAAUGGACAAUAACAUUUUAUUCAAAUUACUUUUGCCCUUUUUUGAUAUCUGAGUAUUCAAGGUGGUUGCUUCAGUUCUUACAUGCUGACUGACAUACGAAACAUGUCCGCAGGUUGAUUCUGGUUUAAAGGAUGACCUUGUUCUGGGUGAUCCAGAUGCACCCCGUUUUGUUCUUUGGCAAGGAAAGCUGAGGCCGGUGCCGGCAAAGCCAACUGAUCUCCCUUUCUUUGACCUGAUGAGCAUCGGAGGCAAACUGAGGGCUGGGUUUGGCGCUAUUGGACUUCGUCCUCCUCCACCAGUUUGUCAUUGAACCCUUUUUAUUCAUUCUUUAGACAAUCUUUUCCCCGAGUAAAUCUUUCUCAUGAGGAAGAUUCCUGCAAACAUUUCAGUCUCGGGAGGAAUCAGUUGAAGAAUUUGUCCGCCGUAAUCUUGGUGAUGAGGUGUUUGAGCGCUUAAUAGAGCCUUUCUGUUCAGGUGCCUCACCAAUCUCUAGCCGUAGUUCGUUUGCAUAUAACGUUUGCAUAUAGUCAUCAACUUCUUUACGAUAGAGAACUGGUGUUCCUGCAGGCGUUUAUGCCGGUGAUCCUUCCAAGCUCAGCAUGAAAGCUGCAUUCGGGAAAGUCUGGAAGCUGGAGCAGACCGGUGGUAGCAUCAUUGGGGGCACUUUCAAAGCAAUUCAGGAGAGAUCAAAGAACCCCAAGCCUCCUCGAGAUCCGUAAUGAGAUAUCUCUUCAAGUGUCUCUCUAUCUUAUGCAUUAGAUCAGUUUAUUGUCUUCCUUUCUACAGCACACUGAUUCAUCUUCUGUGCAGACGACUGCCAACACCAAAAGGACAGACCGUGGGUUCUUUCUCCAAAGGGCUCGCCAUGCUCCCCAAUGCAAUUGUAUCCAGGUAUUCCGUUCAUAUGCCUGGUUUAGAAGUACCAUCUUUCAGAAGGUAAAGCACUGCUGCAUGAGGUUUACAUUCUGAGCUGCAAUUCAGCGCCUAAUCACUGAUGCCAUUCUGUACCGCUUCGUUUUGAUAUCCUAAGACGAGACAUUUUGACAUGUGAAAGCCCGUGGAAUCGGAGAUGGGUUGUGGAGUUUUUAGUAGUCCGCCUUUAGUUUUUCAGGCUGGGCGACAGAGUCAAAUUGUCUUGGAAGCUCGCGAGCAUUGAGAAAUCGGAAGGCAAGGGAUAUGUCUUGACCUAUGAUACUCCAGAGGGAGUGGUCUCUGUCGCUGCUGACUGCGUUGUCCUUACCGUGCCGUCGUACAUCGCCAGCAACUUGCUGCGGCCUCUAUCCGUACGUUGGGUUCUCUUCCUCAUUUUGCUGAACGGUUCAUCUGAUUUACAGUUAAUAUGAUCAAUCUUUUCAUUCGCUCUCAUCCUUCUCAUGAGAUGAAAUUGCUUCGGCCCGCGUUGACUCUUAGGGAUUGUUUUUGACCAGAAUGAUGCUGCGGAGGCCCUCGCCAAGUUCUACUAUCCUCCUGUGGCGGCCGUGACGAUUUCAUAUCCAUCCGAGUCGAUUCGGAGCGAGUCUCUGAUCGACGGCCAGCUCAAGGGCUUCGGCCAGCUGCACCCCCGCAGCCAGGGAGUUGAAACCUUGGGUAUGAUCCAUCGUAUCACAUUUUUCCCUCUGACCUACGUUUUAUCCGAAAUAUAUAUAAGGCUUAGUGAUCCGAGCGAUUCCACAGCACGCAAGUCAGUCGCUAAUUUAUUUAUUUAUUUAUUGUCACAUUUAUUAGGGUCAUUCCUCUGUUCUCUGAUCUUGUUUCCUGCUCAAUUUAUUCUGUCUACAGGGACCAUCUACAGCUCCUCUCUAUUUCCCAACCGGGCUCCCCCCGGCAGGGUGCUCCUCUUGAACUACAUCGGCGGCGCCACCAACGCCGGCAUUGUGUCCAAGGUAAUCGAACCCAAGGCUCCUGCAAAUCCCUGUCAACGAGUUUUUGACCGUGCAGGGAUUGUAGAUCGGAGCUUAGCGAUGCAAUUUUUUGCUGCAUGAAUUUCCCUCCCUGUUUUCAAUAAUCGAAUGGUAUUUUCAUUGUUUGACCUUGUUGCCGCGGGUGGGGGUGGUUUGCAGAGCGAGAGCGAUCUGGUGGAGUCCGUUGACCGGGACCUGAGGAAGAUGCUCAUCAAGGUCAACGCCGUGGAGCCGCUGGUCCACGGGGUCCGGGUGUGGCCGCAAGCCAUCCCCCAGUUCCUCGUUGGCCACCUCGACCGCCUGGACGCCGCCAAGAGCGCCCUCAGCAGGGGCGGCCUCGACGGGCUGAUUCUAGGAGGCAACUACGUCGCCGGCGUGGCCCUCGGCCGCUGCGUGGAGGGCGCCUACGAGACCGCCGCCCAAGUCUCCUCCUUCCUCUCCAGAUAUGCUUACACCAGCAGCUAG